UAAUAAAAAUGGAUUCCAAAUCCAUACUAUGCUGAAUUGCUUGCUGUUCAGUGCCAUUCUCGGAGAAGCUAACUCUUCCAAAUGGCGGAAUCUCAUCUUCCUCAAAUAGCCAUUCUUGGAGCUGGCAUCUUCGUCAAAACCCAAUACAUUCCCCGGUUAGCCGAGAUUUCUCACCUUUUCGUCCUCAAAGCCAUUUGGAGCCGCAGCGAGGAGUCGGCCAGAAGUGCCGUCGAGCUAGCAACGAAGCAUUUCCCUAGUGUGGAAUGUAAGUGGGGAGAUGCUGGUCUUGAUGAGAUUAUCGGUGAUGCUUCCAUCGUCGGAGUUGCUGUGGUUCUUGCCGGACAAACGCAGGUGGAGAUGUCAUUGAGACUUCUCAAAGGAGGAAAACAUGUCCUACAAGAGAAGCCAGCUGCUGCUUGCAUUGCAGAGGCAGAGAAAGCAUUAAUGCAUUAUAAUUCCAUGGCUGCUAGCAUGACUCAACAACCAAUAUGGGCUGUUGCUGAGAAUUAUCGUUUUGAGCCUGCUUUCACAGAGAGCAAUAAAAUGAUUGCCGAGAUAGGGGAUAUUGUCAAUAUUCAGGUUAUUGUUGAAGGGUCAAUGAAUAGCUCAAACCCUUAUUUCUCAAGCUCUUGGAGGCGCAACUUCUUUGGUGGUUUCAUUCUAGACAUGGGCGUGCAUUUUGUUGCUGGAUUAAGAAUGCUUGUUGGAUGCGAGGUAGCUUCAGUCUCUUCUCUGACUUCUCAUGUAGAUAUGACAUUACCUCCACCUGAUAAUAUUUCAGCAUUGUUCCAACUGGAGAAUGGAUGUUCUGGAGUGUUUGUUAUGAUUGUUUCGUCAAGAUCAUCAAAGAUAGUGUGGCGAGUUGUAGGCUUAAAUGGAACACUGCAAGUUGAGCGAGGAAAUAAAGAUGGAAAGCAUGGCUACUCGGUGUCUAUAUACACCGCCGAUGGGCAAAGCAAAAGCUUCUUCUAUCCGUUCAGUGGCGUCGCGGAAGAGCUCAAAGCAUUUCUGUCGGACAUUUCUUUGUCACACCAAAAAGAGGUACGUCUAACUUAGCUUUCAGAAAUCUCGGAUGCUCGCUUAGGAUGUUGUGUGCAAAAAAUGUGGUCGGUCCUUGUCUGGGGUUUUUAAAAAUAAAAAAAAUCGCAACACAUUGAGCCGGAAUCUCAUGAAAACAGACAUUUGACCUUUCGAGUAGGGGUAAGAUUUGCGGACACACAGCUUUCCGAGACCCUACACUCUUUGUGGGUU